CGCGUACGAUUGCAGCGGGCACAGCAUAAUUGAGAUCAUCGAUGUCCGCCACCGGAUCCGCCGCCGGAGUGGCCUCAGGCUACGACCGCCGGCGCGAGCUGCAGGCGUUCGAUGACACCAAGGCGGGCGUCAAGGGCCUCGUCGACGCCGGCGUCACGGCCAUCCCGUCCAUCUUCCACCACCCGCCAGAAUCCCUCGAGGACACCACGACGUCUCCACCCUCCUGCACCGACGGCGCGUUCGCCAUCCCGGUCGUCGACCUGUCAGCCGACGCGCGGCGCGAGGACGUGGUCGCCCAGGUGAGGCACGCCGCCGGGACGGUGGGCUUCUUCCAUGUGGUAAACCACGGCGUGCCGGAGGGGCUCAUGGCCGGCAUGCUCGCCGGGGCGCGGCGGUUCAACGAGGGGCCCGCCGAGGCGAAGCGGGCCCUGUACAGCAGGGACCAAGCUCGCAAGGUGCGUUUCGGCUCCAACUUCGACCUCUUCCAGUCCGCGGCGGCCAACUGGCGCGACACCCUCUUCUGCGACCUGGCUCCGGAUCCGCCACUGCCGGAGGAGCUACCCGAGGUUCUCAGGAACGUGAUCAUGGAGUACGGCGACGCGGUGAUGAAGCUGGGGCUGCGCGUGUCCGAGCUGCUGUCGGAGUCCCUCGGCCUGAGCAGCGGCCACCUGCGCGAGAUGGGCUGCAUGGAGAGCCUCCACGCGGUGUGCCAGUACUACCCGCCAUGCCCGGAGCCGCACCUCACCUUCGGCAUCAAGAGCCACACCGACCCGGCCUUCUUCACCGUCCUCCUGCAGGACGGCAGCACGGGCGGCCUGCAGGUGCUCGUCGAUCGCGGCGGCGGGCACCGCCGGACCUGGGUGGACGUCCCGCCCCUGCCUGGCUCUCUGACCGUGAACAUCGGCGACCUUCUUCAGCUUGUCAGCAAUGACCGGUUCAGGAGCGUGGAGCACCGGGUCCCGGCGAUCAAGAGCAAAGACCCGGCGAGGGUCUCAGUGGCGUCCUUCUUCAACACGGACCUCAAGAGAUCGACGAGGCUGUAUGGCCCCAUCACGGAUGGCCGCCGCCCCCCGCUCUACAGGAGUGUCACGGCACAAGAGUUCAUGGCGCACUUUAACAGCGUAGGCCUUGAUCGUUGCCCGCUCGACUACUACCGGUUGGAACGGCAUACUCUUAGACCUGCUGUGUAGUACUAAUGUCAGUAUUGGUUUCAUCCAAGAUUUUAUGAUCAUUAAAUAACAUACCAUA